AUGUGGCCAACGAAUAUUAAUAAUAUACCAAUUAAAAUCACUAAACCGAAAUAUAUUCCUGACUGUUUCGCUCUAGUUGUUCGGUACGUACCACGUGAUCUAGAACCUGAACUAGUACAACAAGAAAUUCAACGUACAAUUGCAUCAGCCGAUAAUAUAAAACAAAUAGACUAUUCAUAUGAACGGAAAUCCAACGAUUUUAGAGUCACCGUAACGGACUUAAUAGAAUAUAAUACAGCUCGUGAGCUUGGUCAUAUGUCGAUUUGUAAUCGUUGGCUUACUCUCACUCUCUUUCUAACGGGAUAUCGUAUGACUUUUUGCACUAAGCGGUGGAAAAUUGGUCAUGUACGUGAACAAUGUAAAGCUAGUUUACAACUCUGUCGAGUCUGUUUAGAUGAAACAUAA